AUGACAUCAAGUUUGAGGAAGAGGGAUGAAGAAAGAAUGAAGAAGAAUGUUGAAAAUCUAAUGGAUAAUUUGAAGAAAGUCACUGAGGAAAUCAAAGUUGAAGCUGUUAAAGGGGAAGAUGUGAAGUUAGAAAAGGUUGAAGAAGCUGUUACUGAAAAACAGCAGGAUGUUGAAGAAGAAAUGACGAAAGAAGAAGAAGAAGAAGAGAAGAAGAAAAAUGAGAGUUUGGUUACUGGUAAUUAUGGUGAUAAAGUUGAUGCUGGUGAUGAGAAGAAGAGUGAAGCUGAUCAGAAGCAGACGGAAGAGAAAGCCGAGGUGCCAAUCACUGAGAUGUCAAAGGAAAUGGCAUGUGACCAAGAAAUUCAGGCUAAUAAUGGAAACUCUUUUGAUAAAAAUACUAUAGAAAAUAUAAUAGCUCAAGGAAUAUCGAACGCCAUACCUUCGAUCAUUGAAGCUAUUAAAAUUUCUAUGCCUAUAAACGAGAACUCUACUAUAUAUUGUAAGCAUACCCAUCACUUCAUACGUAGCCCUAGUAUCAACGGAAGUCAUGAUAUUCGUAUCAAAGCUCCAUCUUCCAAACGAAAGAGAACCACAACCUAUGGCUACUCCUAUAAGGAAUUCUACUCUAACAAAUCCUCCAAGGACAAAGGAAUGAAACCAGAAAUCGCACAACCUACCAGCAACAGCAAAAAGCACGCAAGAGAACGUUAUUUUAAGAAGACACUUCGUUGUAACUACUGCAAGAAAGCUGGACAUGUACCAGAGGAAUGUAGAAGGAAAAGGGAAAAUAACGCAUGUUACAAAUGUGGAGAUCCAGGUCACUUCCGUCACUACUGCCCAAAACUAUCUAAGGCCCCCGACAACGAGAACAGAAACCCAGAUGAAGCUGAGAAGAACGCAUAA